AUGGUGACUUUCAGCAAUGGCGGCAACACAUGCUCAUUUUUCUCUGCUCACGGCGAAAUACCCAUAACAACUCCUACCUUCUCGUCGGAUCCAGUUAUUAAUCUUGAUCAAGGUGAUCCAACGAUCUUCGAAGGGUACUGGAGGAAGCAGGGGGACAAGUGUACGGUGGUGAUUUCAGGAUGGGAUUUGAUGAGCUACUUCAGCGACGUUGGGAACAUAUGCUGGUUUCUGGAGAGUGGACUGGGCGAUGCGAUCAGGAGAUUGCAUAUGGUGGUGGGAAAUGCGGUGGCGGAAGAUCGUUAUAUCGUGGUGGGGACGGGCUCCACCCAACUCUACCAGGCCGCCUUGUACGCCCUCACUUUUGCCGGCGGACCUGAUCCCGUCAAUGUUGUAUCCGCCGCCCCUUGUUACUCGUCAUACUCGGUGGAGACAGACUUGGUGCGUUCAGGGCUGUAUAAAUGGGCAGGUGAUGCAAGAAGUUACGAUAAGGAAGGACCGUACAUUGAGGUGAUCAACUCACCAAACAACCCUGAUGGUAGUAUCAGAGAAUCUGUGGGUGAAACGUGAAGGAGGGAAAGUCUAAUCCAUGACCUUGCCUACUACUGGCCUCAUUAUACGCCAAUCACCGCCGCUGCUGACCACGAUAUCAUGCUCUUUACUUUAUCCAAAGCCACCGGACAUGCCGGUUCUCGCAUCGGAUGGGCUCUUGUUAAAGAUAAGGAAGUGGCUUCAAAGAUGGUAAAUUACAUUCAGCUGAACUCUAUUGGUGUAUCAAAAGAGUCUCAAAUUCGUGCUGCGAAGAUUCUUGAAGUGAUCAGUGAUGAAUGCCAAAAUUCUUCUGACAACUUCUUCGAACAUGGUCAUCGUCUCAUGGCUGAAAGAUGGAAGAAACUACGAAAACUAGUUAAACACAAUGAAGUCUUCAGUUUGCCUAAAUACCCUCGAGAGUUCUGCAACUUCAGUAGAACGAUCAAAGAAUCAAACCCUGGAUUUGCAUGGCUGAGAAGCAAGGAUGGUAGAGACUCUGGAAGUCUUUUAAAAGCAUAUAAGAUACUGGGAAGGGGUGGAUCGUCGUUUGAGAGUGAUCCAGAGUACGUUCGGAUUAGCAUGCUCAGCCGAGACGAUGUGUUCAAUACUUUCUUGGAAAGGUUAUCAGCAAUCAAAUAA